AUGGCUACAGCUUCGGGUGACUCCAAUCAAACAUUCGACGUCAUCAUUGUUGGUGCAGGUAUCUCUGGAAUCAACUGUGCCUAUAGACUACAAACAGAAUGUCCUGGCACUAAAUUCAUAGUUCUCGAGAGCCGUGAUCAAAUCGGCGGCACCUGGGACCAAUUCAGGUUUCCUGGAGUUCGAUCUGAUUCAGAUCUUUACUCAUACGGAUUCGCAUGGCACGAUUGGCCAUUUGAGCAAUUCUAUGGUGAUGGGCCACAGAUAUUAGAAUAUAUGCACGAUGCUAUAUCAGCCCACAAACUCGAAAAAUACAUUAAAAGACGUCAUUUGGUCUUGUCUUCAUCAUGGCAGUCGUCAAAUAGCCGUUGGGAGCUGACUGUUGACCACGGCGGUCGAUUGAUACGUUUCAUAGCACGGUUCAUCGUCCUUGGUACGGGUCAUAUCGACCACAACAGCCUACCUUCUGUCGAAAUUCCCGGGAUUGAUAACUUUGGCGGGAGAGUUAUCAGCCCCCAGUUUUGGCCUCGCGAUUACGACUACGAAGGCGAGAGAGUCGCCGUCAUAGGUAGCGGAGCCACUGCCGUGACUAUGCUUCCACACCUUGCGAAAAAGGCCAUGCAAAUCUCACUCAUUCAGCGUAGCCCAACAUAUGUAGUUGUCGCGGCGGGUUCAGGAUGGCUACAGAAAUUCUUACCCCUAAAGUGGGUCGCCCGGUCGAGAAGAUUUCUCAACACGAUUUCCCUUCAUAUAGCAGCCUUAUUUUGUGCCUUCUUCCCUAACAUGUCCAAGAAGAUGCUUCUGAAAGAGACAGCCAAACGACUACCAGAAUGGAUCGAUCCAAGUUUCGACUUUGAGCCGCGGUAUAACCCUGGAGAGCAGCGUUUAUGUCUUGAUCCCGAUGGAAAGUUCUACUCUGCUUUACAUCUUGAAAACGUACGGGUAAUGACUGGUAACAUUAAAAAUGUCGUCAAAGGAGGUAUUUUGAUGCAAGAUGGUCAAUCUGUGGAUGUUGAUGUUAUCGUCAUGGCGACAGGGUUCCGUAUGAGGCUUGGGGGAGGGAUCCAGAUUAAGGUCAAUGGCAAUUCAAUGUCGUGGAGCAAAAGGCUGGUCUGGAAUGGCGCGAUGCUCGAUGGAGUCCCGAAUAUGAUAUUUAUGCUAGGAUAUCCAAACAAUGCAUGGACGCUGAGGGCUGAUGACACUGCUUUCAUCCUAGUGCGGCUGCUAAGUCACAUGGAUCGUCAAGGAGCCAAAGUCGCGGUACCAUUAGCCCCGGAAAGUGAAGGUUUGCAGACACAAGUGGUGUGGAAAUCCAGCGCCACGUAUGUUCUUGCUGCUCAGGACGAACUGCCUGUGUGCGGGAUGACGGGACCCUGGAAACCGAGAGUUAGUCCACCUAUUGAUAGGCUGCGAGCUAGGUGGGGAGACAUUACCAGCGGCUUACAUUUAGAUGGAUAA